CGCGCACCGGCUCACACACGGACUCCACGGGCAGAGAGCGCGCAGUCACACACAUACACACGCACACACACGCACACAGAGCCACAGGCGUGCGGGGGGCGGGAGCGAUCGCGCGCCCCCAGAGGAGCGGCGGCGGCGCUGAGGAGGGGACUCCGGCGGCGGAGCGCCUCCCCCGGGCAGCUCCGCGGGCCGCGCCGCGCCCGCCGCCGGGCGAUGGUGGCGGCAGUAACUUCCCCUUGAGGGGACGGGCCGGGUCGGGCCGCGCCGCGCCGGGAGAAGAGCGGAAAGUGGGGAAAGCCCGAGAACUUCCCGUCCGCCCGCCCCGCCAGGCUUCGCCGUUUCCCUCCUGAGAGAUGUCUGAGGCUCCUGCUCAGUGUUGCAUCAAGAUGGAACUGAUGGUUCAGAAAGGGAUUGGUCAUCUCUGCAACAUCUCAGAAGGAGAGAAUUUCAUACACACCUCCAGUGAGCCCAGUACCAAAUUACACUUCCUCGUCACCACUACAUGUCCCAGUGCCUCGAGCGAUCAGGAUGGAGGAAGACACGAUCAGACUGCCAGCACACCUGCGUUUGCAGCCCGUUUACUGGAGCAGGGAUGAUGUGGCACAGUGGCUCAGGUGGGCGGAGAAGGAGUUUUCCUUGAGGCCGAUUGAGAGCAACACUUUUGAGAUGAAUGGCAAAGCUCUGCUGCUCCUGACCAAAGAGGACUUUCGAUACAGGUCUCCUCAUUCAGGUGAUGUUUUGUAUGAACUCCUUCAGCAUAUCCUGAAGCAAAGGAAAGCUCGUAUGCUCUUCACACCUUUCUUCCACCCUGGGAACUCUAUCCAUGCUCAGCCAGAGGUCAUAUUACACCAGAAUCAUGAUGAAGAUAGCUUUGUCCAGAGACCUUCAAGACCAUCUACAGAAACAGUCCACCACAACCCCCCAACCAUUGAACUGUUGCAUCGUUCUAGAUCACCCAUCACCAACAACCACCGUCCAUCACCAGAUCCCGAUCAGCGGCCACUGAAGUCCCCUAUGGACAACACUAUCCGUCGCCUCUCCCCAGCCGACAGGGUGCCGGGGACAAGGCAUCAGCAAGAGAACAACCACCAGGAGUCCUAUCCUCUCUCAGUGUCCCCGAUAGAAAACAACCACUGCCCACCUCCUUCUGAGGUGCUCCAGAAGCCCUCCAGCCCUCGCCAGGAGAACACCAGGGUCAUCCAGCUGAUGCCCAGCCCUAUCAUGCAUCCUUUGAUACUGAACCCCAGGCACUCCGAUUUCAAACCACCAAGGUUGUCUGAGGAUGGGCUGCACAGGGAGGUAAAGCCAAUCAACCUGUCCCACCGAGAAGAGUUAGCUUAUAUGAACCACAUCAUGGUGUCUGUAUCCCCUCCUGAGGACCAUGCAAUGCCAAUUGGAAGAAUAGCAGACUGUAGGUUGCUUUGGGAUUAUGUCUAUCAGCUGCUUUCUGACAGCCGGUACGAAAAUUUCAUCCGAUGGGAAGAUAAGGAAUCCAAAAUAUUUCGGAUAGUGGAUCCCAACGGGCUGGCCCGGCUGUGGGGAAACCACAAGAACAGAACAAAUAUGACUUACGAGAAAAUGUCCAGAGCCCUACGCCACUACUACAAACUAAAUAUUAUCCGGAAGGAGCCAGGACAAAGGCUUUUGUUCAGGUUCAUGAAGACCCCAGAUGAGAUUAUGAGUGGCCGAACAGACCGCCUCGAGCACCUUGAAUCCCAGGAACUGGAUGAACAAAUAUACCAAGAAGAUGAGUGCUGAAGGGAACUGGUGCACCGCCUCUGUGGGUCCAUGGGAGAAACAUCUGCCCAGAUGGCUGGCACGGUUUGGGAGGGGAAGCAACAACACAGAAGCAGUACUUGGGGUCGCCGCUUAGCUUGAAGACCACGCAGGACCUGAAGCACCUUAACAAAACAAACUAACAGGCAGAAGUGGUGCUGGCAGAAAAGUAAAGGGGAGAAAGCCUGGACUUAUGCACUACUUCACUGUUCCUACAAAGUCUCCCUUGAGUUCUUUCUUUCUUUUUGGUUUGUUUCAGUUUUGGGGGUUUUUGUUGGGUUUUUUUUCCCUAAUAAACAUGCAGUUUGACUUUCCUUAUCUCACAUAGGACAAGACAUCAGAUUAUGCUUUUUUUUUUUUUUUUUGGAAGGCUUUCCUAUGGAAAUAGAGCGCUCUUAUUUUCUGUGCAAGUCUCAUGACAUAACACUGCAUAAAACAAUAGCAUCACAGAAGGGAUUUGCUCAAGGGUUCCAAUUUGCUCGGAUCAAUUUCCAUGUGCUGCCACUGGGAAAUGUGUUGAAGCUACCAAAAGAAUUUACCACACAUAACUGUCAAAUGAAGAGGAGUCACCCUUCAUGUGUAGGCUGGGAUAUCAUCCCAGCAUAGCUUGGGCUCACGAUGACUCCUGUGAGUGGCUAUUAACUGCUGGAAUAUGGACCAAAACCAAUCACCUAAGUGCUCCAGGGAGGAGAAAAAUAAAUGUGACAAACCUCUGCAA